GGUCAGCACACUAGAAAAAAUAAAACAUAAAAAAAAUUACCCAGAAACAACAUUUAAUAUAUUACAGAACAAUAAAUAAUUAUUAAUCUAAUAAAAACAUAUUAAGAAUUAUUUAUAUUUUCAGUAAUUAACAAUUAAUGAAUGUGCUUCAAAACCUUUUAUUGGUUUAAAGAUAUGAAUUAUAGGCUAAAUCUUGCAAAUAUUCCACCUCCACCAAAUAUUGCCAUUUUUAUUUGAUAAAAGCAUUUUCAUGAUGUAGGAUUUUUCAGGUGCAGCCUAAUUUCCUCAAUUUAGCGCGGUAUUUAAUAAUAAUUAUCAUUUUUAUAACAAAUAUAUUUAUGGCAUGUUAAUAUUACCGAAAGCUGAAAUACAAAGACAUUGAUAGUCCUCAUAUUUUUCAGAGAUUAAAGCUGACUGGGUUUCACACCAACCGAGUUUUAAAUAUAUUUCCUAUUAACCUAUUGUUUUCACUAGCUGAGUUGUUUCUAAAAAUAUGUAGGCUAUUUAUACGAUAAAAUCUAAUAUUUUGAUAAUAUCAAAUCUUUAAAAAAGAAAAAAAGAGCCUUGUACUGGUUUUCUAUAAAUAUCUCUGCUGUGCGAAAUCAGUCUGCUGGCACUGAAAAGCGAGGUAAAUGCAUUAUAUAUUUAAACGGAUGUGUUUGAUUUCGUUUUCUGUUUCUGUACCUAAAUCACAGUCGCAGUGUUUCAUUCUUCCGGUUUUGCGUAUCUCCUAAAAUGAUCUUAUUUGCUGCGAGGAUAUUGGUAUUACAGGAUAUCAUAUUAGCUAACUAUCUAACAUUUCGUUUAAAUCUGUUUCUUAUGAAUAUAAUAAAAUCUUAUUUAAGCUAGACUAAUCACUGCAGUUGUUAAGAGGUAUUUUUAAAGCGCUGGACUGUAAUCGAAUUCGUCUUUGGUGCAGGAGCCUAUCCAGAACAUUUUCCUCCCUUUCCUCUAAAUAACCUGAUAAAUGCGCACGGAAUCGACAUCAUUAUAUUCAAUAACCAAAUUUAUAAUCGUUUAGAGUGUUUUAACAGAAAAAACCCGAAAGGAAUCAUCAAGAAAAAUCAUCAAUAUUCAAUUACCACAGACAACUGCGCCUCUCCUGUUUGACUGAAUCGCCAGUCGGAGAUCUGAGACUCUUUUGUGGAUUAUUCAACCCGAGUGUUUUUGUUGCAGGCUUCCAGUGUUUAUGAUGGGUUUUUCUUUAUUGUUGCGCCAGCUCAGUAAAACUAGGGUAAUGACUACACUUUGCUUUAUAGAUCUAUAGGCUAUUGCAACUUUGCCAAUGCAACAUUGCCAAAGUUUCCAAUGUAAAAUGUAGGCUGCUAUUGUUAAAAAAGCUCGAAUAUCUAAACAAAACAGUUGAUUUUAAACCAACCAAGAAAAAUCAGGUGAGUGGGCAAAGUUUUUGAUGAAAAAAAAAAAAAAAAAAGUUUAAAUAGGCCUAAUAGGCCUUUCAAAACAAGAUUUCCAGACUCCUUUAUUUAUUCUAUAGCAGCUUGUCAAUUUAUUACCGGUGUGACUUGAAUAUGGAUUUUGAACAAGAAAAAUGCAUAUAUGCCAGUAGCUAAUUUAUGCCACAACCUACGUUAUUCAAAACUGCGUGUAGGCUACUUGGAUGAUCAAGUCAUUUUCUUUGGCCGACCAGUUUUUUUUCCCCCUGCAUUGAUUGGAAGGUGCUUGGGUGUGUUUUUGUUAUUAUUAAUUGAUUUUACCGUCAGUGACAAACUAACACAAAUGAUUCUCUGGCGCCGGACGCCAAACACUCUUUCCAGCUCGUUCAUUUCCAUCCGACUGCUGGCACACACUUGAGAGAUGAUGUCUUCUCUCUUUUAAGCAUUAAUGUUGCAGGAACAGGCGAAGGGAAAAAAAUAACACAGCGAUUAUUUUUAAUUGAGCUGGCAGAAAUCUUGCGCUCCUCAUAAUUUGUGGUCAAAAUGGCGGACGUGACGCGCAGGUGUAACGCGCUGCUGAUGUUACCAAAAUGCACUGAACGUUAAACGCCGCUUUACUAACUCUUAACCGUAUUUCAGACACCCCUGACCUCUGUAAGGAGCGAUGAGACUCGUGCUGGGAUUGUAGAUGAGAAACCAAGCCAUGGAUGAAUUUCAUCCCUUCAUCGAGGCUUUGCUGCCACACGUCCGUGCGUUCUCCUACACCUGGUUCAACCUCCAGGCCCGCAAGCGCAAGUACUUCAAGAAGCACGAGAAGCGCAUGACGAAGGACGAGGAGCGCGCCGUCAAAGACGAACUCCUGGGCGAGAAGCCCGAGAUCAAGCAGAAGUGGGCGUCCCGUCUGCUCGCCAAGCUCCGCAAAGACAUCCGGCCGGAGUUCCGCGAGGACUUCGUGCUCACCAUCACGGGGAAGAAGCCGCCGUGCUGCGUGCUGUCCAACCCCGACCAGAAGGGCAAGAUCCGCCGCAUCGACUGCCUGCGGCAAGCGGACAAGGUCUGGCGCCUGGACCUGGUGAUGGUUAUCCUGUUCAAGGGAAGCCCGCUGGAGAGCACGGACGGAGAGAGACUGGUCAAGUCCCCGCAGUGCUCCAACCACGGCCUCUGCGUGCAGCCGCACCACAUCGGAGUGUCCGUGAAAGAACUGGACCUGUAUCUGGCCUACUUUGUCCACACGCCAGAAUCUGGACAAUCGGAUAACUCCAACCAACAAGGAGAAGCAGACAUCAAGCCUCCGCCCAAUGGGCACUUGAGUUUCCAGGACUGCUUUGUGACGUCAGGCGUAUGGAACGUGGCGGAGUUGGUCCGCGUGUCACAGACACCAGUUGCCACAGCAACCGGACCCAACUUCUCUCUGGCCGACCUUGACAGUCCAGGAUAUUACAACAUCAACCUGGGUCGCCGCUCCAUUACGUCCACGCCAUCGACCAGGACUGAGAUGGAGUUGUAUGCCAGUCUCCCUCGGAGCUCCAACAAGCGUAAAUCCAUUGAUGACAGUGAGAUGGAGAGCCCGGUGGACGAAGUCUUCUAUUCGGGCCGUUCUCCUGCCCCGGGAGUGUCCCAGCCCAGCGGCUGGCCCAAUGAUGUUGAUGCAGUGCAACACCAUUUGGCCAGUAUGCAGGAGAGGAAGAUAAAACACGAAAGCGAUGGCGUGCAGUUUCCUUACCAUGGACUCUCGUCGCCUGGUUCUCUUAAGAAGUCGGGGAAAUUCGAUUUCAGCGCUCUGUCCGGCCAUACGAGGUCUGCACGCAUGCCGUUCACCCAUCACCCGCUGCCCAUGCUGGCAGGUGUAAGACCAGCAGGAAGUCCCCGUGCCUCAGCUUCCUCCCUGCACUUCCCCUCACCCUCCAUCAUCCAGCAGUCCAGCCCGUACUUCACCCAUCCCACCAUCCGAUACCACCACCACCCGGGACAGGACCCGCUCAAGGAGUUUGUGCAGUUUGUGUGUGCCGAUGGAUCGGGACAGGCUAGUGGUCAGCCGAACGGGAGCGGCCAGAGCAAAAUGCCGGGCUCCUUCUUGCUGCCUCCACCCCCUGUGGCGCGUCCAGUGCCCCUCCCAAUGCCAGACUCUAAAUCCAGCAGCACGCCCCCCGAUGGCGGACUCACCUCACCCACAUCUCCGUCAUACUCCACGCCAGGCUCCACAGCUCCCAACAGGUUUGUCAGCAUCGGAUCACGGGACAACAACUUUCUGAACAUACCCCAGCAGACGCAGUCAUGGUUCCUUUGACGAGGUCCUGCCUGCAACCUGUCAACACAAUUUGGAAGUUUUAUGACAAAAAAUAAAUAAAAUCCUGUUUGAAAAUCCCCUCCGACCCGAAACGCACCCUAAGAAACGUGAGCAGCAUAUGAUUGGGAAACGUUCGACCCUGUAUUUGCCAACCGUCAGACGCCCUUCAAGCCCGCUCCUCCACCUCCGACAAAGACUUUCAGAUCACAGUAGGAGGCGAGGGACCGACACACACCUACAGCAUCUCGCAAGAACCGUCACCAAACCAACGGCAACAUGGAGGAGCAAGAACCCGAAGAACACAGACAGGAAAUGUUACUAGGAACAAGGAAGUAGUGUACAGUGGCUGGGAUUAUCAACAGUUUCAGUGGUGAGGAUUCAGACACAACAAAAACGCAAGAUUUUGACCAAUUUAACUGCAGUUUUUUGUUUUCAAAACACUUAAACAUGCUGACAUUCAGCAUACAGGCAACACUAAAUAAUGAGAGCCCUGGACGUUUUGCAAUUUUAGCUAAUUAGCAUGCAGUAGAAACGUCUUUUUUCCCUUUUGCGGUCAAUUACGAAACUAACUACGAACAGCAGAAGUAUUGCACUACAGUAAUGCGAAGAACACUAGUUUGAUGUGCACUAUUGAAAAUAGGAUCGACGGCGGACAUUAUUUGCACAUUUUAUUGUGGAGAAAAAUUAACCUGGUACACUAAAGCUACCCAGAGACCCAGUCUCGUUUUCAGGCCCCAAACUGAAUUUUUAAAUAAAACUAAAGCCCAUUUCAGGUGCUUGGUGCCAACUAGACAGCACCUGAUUUCAGUUAGUACUCCUAUAGGAUGAAUAAAGUCAACCAGCACACACUUAAGGUGCGGUCACAUUCACCAAAUUUGUCUUGAUGUCUCGAACCUGAUGAGAAAUCUGCUUGAGGGAAAUGUUUCAAUCUCACGUAAAAAUUCCUGAUCAUGUGGAAAGGAACAGUUCACCCAAAAAUGAAAAUUUACUCACCCUCAAGUUGUUCCCAACCUGUAUGAGUUUCUUUCUUCUGUUGAACACAGAAGAUAUUUUGAAAAAGGUGAUAACCAAACAGUUGAUGGUAGCCAUUGACUUAAAUUUUUAAAAAAUUUUCCAUACUAUGAAAGUCGGUGGCUGCCGUCAACUCAUUUUCAGUUUUUGGUGAAUUGUCUUAUUAAAUUGACUAGAUUUCGCCUUUGAAGUUUCGCCAAUCAGUGGAAAAUGUGACUAUAUUUUUACAGCCAUGUGAGUGAGCUACAACUUUAAAAUCAUUUGUUUGGCAAAAUUCGCUGGUCAGCACAACAAAUUUGUGUGACAAUCUUGAAUCGGAUUUGAAAUUUUCUAAAUUCGCAUUCAUGUGGAAUCCUAUCAAAAUGACUUAUUUCCCCUGCAAAAUUGCGCUAAAUGUGACCGCACCUUUGCAGCCAUGUGACGGAGUUCCAAUUUUUAAAUUGUUUAAAAAAAAAAACUAAAAAAAAAAAUUCCCCUAUAAUCAUUGCAUUCUUUUGUUAUUUCAAACUCAUUUGUCUCUUUGUUUUAAAAUUAAAGCCAUAUGUCUGAACUUUGUUUUAAAUAGUAAAACUUUUAAUUAGAAGCAAAAAACUUUGUAAUAAAAAAUAUUUUCUAGUGAUUUUUGUUUUUUACUAGCCCCAGCUAGUCAUUCCGCUAUUUAUAAUGGCUUUGAAUUAAUUUCAUCAUUGUGGCGAGGCAUAAUAAAAGUCCCUUAUUCAUUAGCACUAAUAAAGACGGCUCUAGAGACACGCCCACUUCUGUGUUUUGUUUACGUACCUGUUUACACUCCCAGAAGUCCGUGUUCCAAGAACACGUGACCUUGCUGCGGAGCAAAAGAAUAAAAGAAUGUGUGACAUAUCAUAGCCGUGCUCAGAGGGAGGUGGGCCGCUCAGACCGCUUUUAUUAGACGCCGCAUUUCACCGUUCGCUUCAGUAGAUUUACUCUAAAUUUGGUAACAUUUCGGCAUGGCUGUUUGCACAUACACACACACACACACACUCUCCACCACAGAUUGACUACAAAGGGAAGCCUUUACAGUAGGGCGAUUUUCAUCCGCUGAUAAAGUUUUGUUUUUCGACGCAGCUGUAAUCGGUAACCUCACAAAAUAACUGGACUGCCUGACCAUGUAUCUCACUGCAGGGAAGCAUUGUUGCCGGAUGGCGGCCAUGUCAUCGCUUUGGUAGAAAACUUAACACGAGAAUCGUGAUGGCAAUGGUCUUUUCUUUUCUAAUCAAAGGAAGUGCCUCUGUAUUCCCAUUAUGCAAUUUGUUAAACAUGAAUUCAGGUUAUUUUCUUGCAUAUAAGCUAUAGAGGAGCGUGAAAUUUUUAUGAGAAAAAAAAAAAAGCAAGCGUCAGCUCACUAGUUACAAACAUCUUUAUAUAUACAGGAUAUAUCCAUAUAUAUUUAUAUAUACAUUUUUUUUCUUAUUUGCCUAAUAAGCUCAGUGGCAGUCUAGUUAUUUUUUGAAGUAUGACAUGAUCAUAAAUCAGAUAUCCGUUCAGAAGUACCAGUCCCGAAAACCCAGUUCUGCACUUAAUAAUUAGAGCGAAAAAAAAAACAACUGGCGGAAAUCUGAUUUCCGCGGAAAACGUAUCGAUAGCGUAGUGGGAAAAAAAAGAAAAAAAAAAAAUGCACGGCUUUUGAUUUCUUUUGUGUUUGGACAGGAAGUAUUUGUUAUUGCAAAAUAAAGUGUGUUGAUUGAGCCAUGUGCAAUGCCUUGGGUAGAAACUGUGUUUGUCUCAUUGUUAGGGUGUACAGGAAAGCGUAGAGGUGAAAAUCCUUCUAUUAUAGUAAAGUCCACGCUGUCCGGGACUCUAAACUACAGGGCAGAGAGAGCGAGAGAAAGAGAGAACACAGUCUUUGUAAGUUUUGGGAAUUCGUUUUGUAAUCUUUCCUGUUUUCUGCUUUUUUUUUAAUGUUUAUUUGUAAUAAUUUGUUCUCAAAACUUAGGAGGGCUGAAGAAGCAGUUUUUUGCGACACGUCAGAAUAUAUCACUAAAUGAAACAGGUGCUUUUUAUGGAUCAAAGUACGCUCGAUCUCUAUUAUACAUAAGACGACGAAAAAUAAGUGUUAAAGACAAAUUUUAGAAGAAAAAAAACGUUCAUUACUCUUUCCUUUUUGUAUUUACUGAAGGGGGUUCAUUGUGGUCAAGGUUGUGACAAAAGGCAUUUUUCCUCCAACCUUUUCUCCGAAGCGAUCAAAAAAUGUCGACUGAUGACGUCCUAAGAGGUUUUACGACUUAACUAGCUAAAAUGCAGGAUUUUUCCGGUAUUUUGACUUCAUGCUAUGCAUUCCAGUUUUCUAGGACUUCCAUGCUUUGGAUCGCCCGAACCGCCGUAGUCCUUAAACUUCCCGUCUGAACUUCGCUGGCUUUUUGUACAUGGAAAAUUUUAAAUUCAUAUGAAAGGUAUGACAAGAUCUUCCCUGUUUAUGGGAGAGGCUUUAACACAGCUCGAAUAAACUAAAAUGCCCAUUGUAAGCUAGAAAUGUUGGAAUAUGAAGAGAGAUGGGAGGUGUGAUGUGAAUUUGCCAUCUUUUAUACUUGUGAAUCUCACAAAAACUUAAGACAUUUUUCUACAGAGCCCUGCACAUGACACUAGGACAACAGUAUAUUUAUCAUAGCCUUGAAUUAAGAAUUUGUUCCCAUGUAUUAUUAAUUUAUUCCCUCACUUUAGUUAAUUUGGGGUUACGAAUUAAUAAUUUGUACCCAUAACGUGAAAAUUAAUUCCCUCGUUUUCAUAAUCAAGACAUCAGUACAAAGUGGCCACAAUUUACAAACACAAGGAGGCAAACUAGUAAAACAUGGCCACGUUUAUGAAAACGAGGAAUCUAGUUAGUACAACAACAUAGCCACGAUUUACGAAAAAGAGUGAGCUAAUUUGUACAACAUGGCCACGAUUUACAAAAACGAGGUAGCGAACUAGCACAGCAUGGCCAAAAUUUACAAAAAAUAAGGGAACAAUUUUUGUACAAAGAAGCCGCAAUUGACAAGAAUGAGGGAAUGAAUAUGUAUGUUGCAACGAUUUAUGAAAAUUAGGAAACAAAUUAGUACACUGUGGCCAUGAUUUACAAAAACAGGAGCGAAUUACAACAUGACUACAAUUUACGUAAACGACAGAAAAAUAAAAUAAAAAAAAUAGUACAACAUGGUUAUGAUUUACAAAAACAAAGAAACUUAUAAGUCAUAGAAACAAUUUCUUAAUUUGUGGGAAUUAUAUUUUUUUUCUACGUCAUGUGUGGAGCUCUGUAUAUUUCAUUCAGAAAUCAUAAGAAAAAAAAAAAACUUAUUGUAAUGUCAUUUAUUUUUGACAAAAUAUAAAAACACACAAAAUAUAAUUUCUCUGUUGAUUUUGGGGUGAAAUUAUUUUCGUAAAAAGAUUCAUCCAAACAGAUUCCCAAACAAAGUCAGUGACCAAUCAGAAAGAGAGAGUUGAAAUUGAACCCCCCCCCCCACCCCCUCCCUGAAUCUGCAGCGCCCUCUACUGGUCCCUGUGUAAAUGACUCUAAAUAUUUGUUUUGUGAUCUAGUGUUAGACUCAGAGCAUCAUAAAGGUUGUCCCUAAAAAGUGCCUUUUGUUCACAGACACCAUCUUGUAAUCCUGAGUGCCCAUCUCAAAAAAAACAAACAAAAACAAACAAAAAAAAAACAAAAAAAUCCCCUCGUUCAAACUUCUGUAUUUCUCCUUCCGCGACUUCAAAGCAGUAUAUAUAGUACUAAAGGAAAUCGGUGUGACUUAGUUCCUCUUUUUAUUGUUGAAUAAUUAAGAAAACUGUAAAAAAUAGAAAAAAGAAAAAAAAAGAAAAAAAAAAAAAACUUUCUGUCUUGCUUUUCCUUCCUCUGUAAUCUUGUCUUCUGCCUCUUUUGGACACUGGAGUAGUCUAUAGUUGCAUAACCAUCCCCUUUUCCCUGUGCCCCUUUUCUCUGAACGGAGGGGUUUUAAAAUUAAAAAAAAAAAAAAGGAAGAAAAAAAAAAAAUGUUGUCUGAGCAGAAUGCAGUUAGCUCACAUGUUAUUCUUGUCUGUACGCUUCACGUUGUAUUCAUACCGAUCUCUUCAGCUUCUCCAUUGAACAGUUAAUGUACGUGAACAAGUUACGCCGGUGAGCUCUGGUGGGCCGUCCGACAGACGGGCGUUUCAGCUGGACGCGAUUUGCGAAAACGAUAAGAGGCCGACUGCUGAGGUAGAAUAGGCGAGUUUUUGAGCUAUUUAUUUCUUUUUUGUUACCAAAUUCAUUUGAUUUGCUAUGAUCUGUUUGUAUUGAUAUUGCAUUGAGAAUCUGUAUUGAUGAUGCACCUUUGAAUGGUUGUACGUGACCAGAUAUUUAAUAAAAAUAAAAAAAAGUUCCUGUCAAGACGAAGCACCUUAAAAACGGAGUGGUUUCAGCCCAGGGAAAGCAACACAGUUUCAAAGCGACCGCGAGCCCAGCGUUACGAGCCAAACUCAUAGACCAAAGUGACGCACGUCACAAAAACCUGAGCGAAACUAAAUUUAACUUGAAAACUCACCAGCAAAAGCCAAUGUCGUGGGCUUAACGACAACUUGCUUCCUCCCACAAACAAAAUAUGCAAUUGUUUCACUUUCCCGAGUCCGUGAAGCCGGCGUCCGCGUUGGCUGUGAUUUAUUAAUAACUGUAAUAAGUGAAAGCCAUAGUGAUGGACACGUGUUUGGCGCUCUCGUUGUCCCUCCCUGGUACUGACCGUCCAUUUUCUUUCUUUCGUAUUUACUUUUGUACUCUUUUGUUGAGCGGGGCAUUCGGAUGCGUUUAGAGUAGCAUGAACCCUCGGCGGCUCCGGUCUUGUUUGAACUCCUCGAGCGGCGCCCUUCUCAGUCCACACGCCUUCCAGAGCUCAUGGUGAAAUGCAUGUGUUGAUUACAAUUUCUUUUCCAUAAUAAGAAAAACAAGUAAGAGCAGCACCUUUAACUGAUUGAAUAAAAGGAUGUUCUUGACUGUAA